UGUCAACAUUGAACCAUCACUUGCGUAAACUCGUAAACUCACGACAGAUUUUGACAAUUGAUUGUCAUUGCAUUUUUAUGCAGUUGAAGUGAUUUUGAGUUAGAUCUAAUCUUGAUUCAUUAUUCGUACCUCAUAAUUGUUCAUCAUGUCGGUAGCAAAUAUGAUUAUAACUAGAGGGAUUUCAACUUCCUGUGUCCGACAAGGAAAACGCAAUUUUAAAAAGUUUACAUUAAUUAACAAACGUGGUUCCAGAUUAUUUAAAGAAAUGCAAAAAGAUCCUAAAACAAGACAUCCAGAUUACCCUAUUGAUAAUCGAGGAGUAAGACCAACUGGAUACUUGAGAGACGAUGAAAAGUUUAUUACUGUACCAGAAAUGAUUCCAGAACUUGUUGUUCCAAAUUUAGAAGGAUUCAAACUGAAACCUUAUGUAUCAUACAGAUCAGAAGAACUAUAUGAUGAACCGUUCACAGCUGAUGAUUUAUUUCAUGCAGUUUACGCAGAUAAAAUCCGUGAUGAUUUUAAUAAAGGUCUGUUGACACCCACUGGUGAACCUGUUAAUCCUAGUCCUGAAGAAAGACUCACCGCUGAGGAAGCAAGAGAUUUAGCAGCUUCAACCGGCUCAGAUAUGUUUACAAUGCCUUUGCAACCGGCUGGAACUCUAUUUUCAGAUGAACCAAAAUAGUUUAUCAUAGUACAUUAACCUUUUGUUUUUGUUGAAUGUAAUUAUGUACAGUAAAGUAUCGAGUUGUA